AAUAUGAGAGUGCACGAUGCUCAUCCCUUCAGAUGUCCCAGGACAGACAUACUAAAAUGCUGCUUAGAAAUCCUUUACAAUGGAGGUGGCUACUGAGGAACUUUUGAGACACAACCAUAGCACUGAGAGAUAUCAGGUAUUGAUAUAACUGGAGUGAAUAAGGGAACCUUCUUCCUGAGCACAGUCAUUGGAGCCUGUUAUCAGCAUGAACUCAUAUGUGUUAGACAAUCACUUGAGUAGUUCAUACCCAUCCUUCACUACAGGAAGCAUCAGCAUGAUACAGCAGACUCCAAACGUCUUAGACACUAAUGACUAUUCACAAACAUUGGGGAAAUCACAGCAGAUAUUUAAAGGAGAUGGAGAAUUGUCAGGAACUGGGCAGCAAUCAUUAUGUACAGAAAGUAAUUUAGUCAUCAAACAAGAGGACAAAAUGUAUGCCGUAUCUAGUGAAAUUAUGAUCCCAGAGGAUAAACCACACACAUUUACUGAGUUUAAAGAGGGGAAAAGUCUUAAAUUUAGCCAAAUUAUUAAUACAAAUGGGAAACCUCACACAUGUACAGAAUGUGGGAGAUGUUUUACAUCUAAAGGAAACCUUAUGUAUCACAAAAAGAGCCACAAAGGGGAGAAACCUUUCACAUGUACAGAGUGUGGGAGAUGUUUCACAUCCAAGGGAAAUCUUAUAUCUCAUGAAAAGACCCACAUAGAGGAGAAACCUUUAACAUGUACAAAAUGUGGAAAAAGUUUUACAAACACGAGUAAUCUGAAAACUCAUGUAAGGAGUCACACAGGAGAAAAGUCAUUCACAUGUUCAGAGUGUGGAAAAUGUUUUACACUGAAGUGUAAUCUGAAAACUCAUGAAAGGAUUCACACAGGAGAAAAAACUUUCACAUGUACAGAGUGUGGAAAAACUUUUGCACAUAUAAGUCAUCUGAAAGCUCAUGAAAGGAGUCACACAGGAGAAAAGCCUUUCACAUGUACAGAGUGUGGGAAAUGUUUUACAGAAAAGAGAAGUCUAAAAAUUCAUGAAAGGAGUCACACAGGAGAAAAUCCUUUCACAUGUACAGAGUGUGGAAAAGGAUUUACACAUAUGAGUUAUCUAAAAUCUCAUGAAAGAAGUCACACAGGAGAAAAGCCUUUCACAUGUGCAGAGUGUGGAAAAUGUUUUAGACAAAAGAGUGAUCUAAAAGCUCAUGAAAGGAUUCACACAGGUGAAAAGCCUUUCACAUGUACAGAGUGUGGAAAAAGUUUUCCACAAAAGAGUUAUAUAAAAACUCAUGAAAGGUUUCAUACAGGAAAAAAACCUUUCACAUGUACAGAGUGUGGAAAAGGAUUUACAGUAAAGAGUAAUCUGAAAACUCAUGAAAGGAUUCACACAGGAGAAAAAGCUUUCACAUGUACAGAGUGUGGAAGAUGUUUUAUACAAAAGAGUAGUCUGAAAACUCAUGAAAGAAUUCACACAGGAGAAAAACCUUUCACAUGUUUAUAAAUCGAAAAUUGUAUCCCAUGCCAGUCAGGUAUCACAAAACACCAAACAUUUACUCACAAAAUAAACCUUUAUAUACACAGUUUGAAAACCUUUUAAGAAUUAUCCUAAGGAAGACAAACUCUUUAAAUUGAAGAGUCAAAAAAGGAUCCUGUUGUAAAUAUUACUUACUAAAUCCCAGUUACAAAAUCUCCAUAUUGGAAGCGCUCUCCUGCUGUUCUUUGUUCCUCUAUAUAUGUGCACCACAGUUUCUCUCAUAUCAAUGUGAUAUAAUCCAAACUCCAAACAGGAAUAUACAAAUCUGUCCUCAUACUGACCAGUUUACACAACCAUUCACCACCAAAUCACCCCCAGUGUUGUUUAUUAAUAUGCCAGUGUUAGGAGUUGUAUGUUUGAUUUACAUAGGGGAGGAAAUAAUUACAUUUAGAGAAUAAAGGAGUCUUUAUAUAAAUAGAGUGUUAAAGAAUUAUAUAAACAAGAACAUCAGUCUCAAAUUAUUGACCUAUGGGAGAUAUAUUUAAUGUGCACAUCAUAUGGAUAAACCUUUUCUUAUAGCAACAGACGCUUAGCAUUAUACAUGUUAUAUACCAGAGGAAUUACUGAUGAGAAACUGAUUUUAUUUAAUGAGACACAAUGGGCUAGAUUACAAGUGGAAUGCUAAUGUGUCUGUUUGCUGGUGUGCAAUAAGUAAUUAGCCAUUACUAGUGGAUGAUUUUUCUUUCAUGUAAUUGGCAAGA